GGUUUACAUCCGUAAAGGCGUAAACAUCCAAUCGACAAGCCUUUUUUUCACUCGCCUCCUCCUUCACUCUCCAAUGUCCAAUUUUCUGUUCAAAGCUCCGCUGCGUCUCCUUGCUCGCGAUCUCCGGAAGUUUACAGAUAACAGCAUCUCAAUUGGCCUCAAUUCCUUCUCCUCUCUGUCUCAAAUCUCUCAAUCAACCAACAAUCGGACAGUAGACUACCUCGUUCGCACCCUCGGGCUCUCCAAGGAUUCGGCUGUCGCAGUUGCCAAGCGCAUCCAUCUCAAACGAACCGCCAAUCCAGACUCCGUUAUCGCUCUCUUCGAGGCCUAUGGAUUCGCUCCGUCCAACACUGCCAGCAUCUUCUGUAGGAAUCCCAGUCUCCUUCUUGCCGAUCCGGACACUACACUCAAGCCCAAACUCGAGUUUCUCUCUCAAAACGGCGUAUCGGGUCAAGUUCUGGUCGAUGUGAUAUCCAGGGACCCGUCCAUCCUCAGAAGGAGUUUGGACAAGCAGAUUAUUCCUUGUAUUGAUUUCCUUAGGAAUUUCUUUGGCUCUACCGAUGGUAUUGUCUCGCUCUUUUCUGCUAGACGUGGGACUUGGGUUUUGCACAAGUUUUCGGAAUCUGUGGCUCCCAAUAUCGAACGGCUGAGAGCUUAUGGUGUUCCUGAUUCAAACAUCGCAAAAAUGAUUUGGGUGCGCCCGAGGACUCUCUCCAGGGACGCGGAAGGGUUCAUUGACAUUGUGGAGAAGACAAAGGAGGCGGGUUUUAAUCCUUCAAGCUUGAUGUUUAUUUAUGGGCUGUGUACAUUUUCAGGGAUGAAAAAGGACAAAUGGUUGUCAAAGCUGCAGGUUUUUAAAAGCUUUGGGUGGUCAGAGGAGCAGUUUCAAUCGUUAUUUCUUAAGCAGCCCAAGUUUAUGAAUUCGUCCGAGGAGCAAAUAAAGAGGGCCUUGGAUUUCUUUAUGAACAAAUUAGACUGGACGCCCGAAGAAAUUUCCAAGUACCCAAUUGUGCUCUUUCUGAGUUUUGAAAAGAGGGUGAUACCGAGGUCGUCUAUCCUCCAGCACUUGAUAUCAAAAGGUUUUAUCAAGAAGACGAGUGUUGGCAAGGCAUUUAUGAUUCGCGAGGAUAAGUUCUUGGUUAAGUUCGUGAUGCAGUAUCUUUCAAAGGACCCACAUCUACUAGAGAUGUACCAGAAGAAGAUGGCGAUUUUAUGAAUGCUGGGAAUUCAGUUCAGUUUUGCAGGACGAAAAUAUGCAAAAUUAUGGAUCGAAGAAAGUCUAGGUUCUGAAAAUGAGAUUGAGAUUCUGCCCCAUUUUUGUUGGUGGUUUCACCAAAUCUUGGGAUAUAGAGACCAAUGUAUUGUAAUGGUUAAUAAGCUUAAAUUAUUUUUUGUAUUUUCUUGAUUCUAUGAAUUUUUUUUCUUUCCAUUUUCCUCAUAUUUUUACGUCAGCUGAAAUGGGGUUGGGUUUAGGAAGCUGUGGCAAAUUGAAUUGAUUAUAAUUAUAAGUUCUCUCUUUGUACUAAAA